GCCAGUAGGUAGCACUGCAGAUACUUAGAUAAUAUACCCGGUCAACUUCAGCUUGGCGAUACAACGGGCGAGAUAUAUCGCGGGGACUUUGUAUUGUCUGAUGGUGUCGUUCGUACGCGAGUUGUGUGCCUCGACUGGAUUUGGCCUCUUUUUUUUCUUUUUCUUUUUUUUUUUUUUUUUUUCUGUACGUCUCUGACACUAUUUGUUGUUCCAUUUGCAUUUGUUCGAGAGAGAGAGAGAGAUAGGGUCUGUAACAAAAGAGGAUCGGGCCAAGGAGGAGAUUUUGACGAGCUAACUGUUCGCCGGAGCGGAUUUUCUCUGGUGACGACGAUCUUGCAGCCAAACAACCAUUGCUUUUUUUUAGACAAUUUUUUCUUUUUUUUUUUUUUUUUCUUAAUGAAAGAGUGACAUUAGUGUCACAAUGACCACAUCGAACAACAUUUCCGAAUCGUCGGAUUUAGCUUUCAUCGAGUUGAAAUCCGAUAGUCCGUACGACCUGUUCCGAGAUUGGUACGCAGAGGCGUGUAAAUUUUGCACUGGACUACCAAACGCACUUUGCUUGGCUACUGUGUCGAACGAUUUGAAGCCAAGCGCUAGGAAUGUCGUACUGAGGAGGCUCGAGGAGGAUGGCUUUGUGAUUUACACAGACAGUAGAAGUCGGAAAUCAAAAGAGUUGGCCGAGAAUUCCACGGCUGCAAUGUGCUUCUUGUGGACAUACCUCGACGAUCAGGACCAAAAGAUCGCUAGGCAGGUGAGAAUAGAGGGCGACAUGAUCGUAGUGGACAAGGAGGAAAUAGCCGAUCUUUACGAGAGCGACAAGCUGUUUUGCAAGAUUCGCGCUUACAUCUGCCACCAGGAUCAGGAAGUCGACUGGGACGACUUGAAAGCUCGGCACGAUCGGCUACUCGGCGAAGUCAGGCAGAACAAAAAGGACCUUCCUAUGCCCGACUACUUAAUCGGUUACAAGAUGCUUCCGAAGAACAUCGAGUUUUACUACGCCAGGGACAACUUGAUUGGGGAUAGGAUCCUGUUUGAGAAGAGCGACCCAAAGUGCCUGCAGUGGACACACAAACGUAUCGCAGCCUAAACCAUAUGAUAUAUUAUAAAUUACUUUUUAUCCAGAGAAAAACAAAUAAAUUCCAUGCUGGAUUGGAACGCUGUUUUUACAACACGCAAUGGUACAGUCCAACUGUUUCAAAAUA